AUGGACGCUGGCCACACGCUCUAUCUUGUCUUGGACAGUGACCGGUCGAAUCCACUGUUCAGAUCCCCGAUCACUGAACCGAAAAACAUUCUCGACCUGGGAACAGGACCCGGCACAUGGGCUGUUGACGUUGCCGACCAGUUUCCUACAGCAAACGUGUAUGGUGUUGAUCUUGCUCCGCCUGUCAAUACAUGGCUUCCACCCAAUUGUAACCUCCAGGUCGACGAUGCUUUGUCGGAGUGGACAUGGCGGGUAAAGUUCGACCUCAUUCAUAUGCGCCUAAUGCUAGGCGCUUUUACUGAUACCGAGUGGGACGACAUCUACCAAAAGUGCUUCGACAACCUUGAACCUGGUGGUUAUGUCGAGCAACUCGAACCAGACGUACAAGUCAUGUCGGAUGACGGUUCCCUUAAGCCAAGCUCGCUCCUUGCGGGCUGGGGUGAUAACUUUGUAGGCUCUUCGGAACGAGCGGGGCGCUCUCUUGAUACGCACAAGACGAUGAAAGCCAAAAUCGAGGCAGCGGGCUUUGUCGAUGUUCAGGAACAUCUAUACAAAAGCCCGAUCGGUAUCUGGCCCAAGGACAAGCUUCUCAAGGAUGCUGGAAGGAUUAACCAUGUUCAUUGGAGUUCUGGCUUGGAGGGAUUUGCCAUGUUCUUGUUGACAAGGUUCGGUGCACCCAAGCCAUGGACUGCAGAUGAAGUCCGCGCAUAUACCAGCAAAGUGAGAGAAGAAUUGAAAGCACCAAAUCUGCAUAUAUGGCACUACACACGACGAGUCUGGGGAAGGAAGCCUUGA